ACAAUUCUCCACACACAAAAAAGAUUUGUUGCAAGCUACUCAGGCAGGGAAGAAAAAACCCAUUUUUUGACCUCCGUUUCCGUACAGCAAUGGCGUCCUCAUCAUUUCCAGAACAAGUGUUAAAGCACCUGUUCUCGUUCUUAACCUCCGACAAGGACCGGAACAGUAUAUCCUUAGUGUGCAAAUCAUGGUAUGAGAUUGAGAGGCGGUGCAGGAGGAAAGUAUUCAUAGGAAACUGCUACGCCGUUAGCCCUGAGAUUAUGAUCAGACGGUUCCCUACUGAAGUUAGAUCCGUGAAGCUGAAAGGAAAGCCACAUUUUGCGGACUUUAACCUAGUACCUGAAGGUUGGGGCGCGCAUGUACAACCUUGGAUUGCUGCAAUGUCGGGGACUUAUACUAUGCUUGAGGAGAUUAGACUGAAGCGAAUGGUUGUCAGUGAUGAGUCUUUGGAGUUGAUUUCUACUUCGUUUGAGCAUUUUAAGGUAUUGGUGUUGUUAUCUUGUGAAGGGUUUACUACUGAUGGACUUGCUGCUAUUGCUGCUAACUGCAGGAAACUGAGAGAACUGGACUUGGGAGAAAGUGAAGUGGAGGACCUAAGUAGCGAUUGGCUCAGUUAUUUUUCUGAUAGCUGUACUUCACUGGUUUCACUUAACAUUUCUUGUUUGGGUUCUGAGGUCAGCUUCUCAGAUCUGGAGCGUCUGAUUGCUCGCUCUCCUAAUUUGAGGACUCUUCGGCUCAAUCAUUCUGUUCCCCUUGAGAAGCUUCCUAACCUACUUCUUGGCGCUUCCCAGUUGGUUGAAUUUGGUACAGGUGCCUUCUCUUCUGAGGUACAGUCUGAUAUUUUCUCAAACCUGGAAGAAGCUUUUUCAGGCUGCAAGAGACUUAAAGGCUUGUCUGGAUUUUGGGAUGUCGUGCCAGCUUACCUUCCAGCUAUAUAUCCAGUUUGCUCCGGACUCACCUCUUUGAAUUUAAGCUAUGCUACUAUUCAAAACCCUGAUCUUAGCAAGCUCAUAAGUCAGUGUCACAAUUUGCAGAGAUUGUGGGUACUAGACUACAUUGAAGAUACUGGUCUCCAGAUGCUUGCCGCUUCCUGUAAGGACCUUCAAGAACUUAGGGUGUUUCCUUCUGAUCCCUUUGCUCCAGAACCAGUUGUUUUACUUACAGAGCAAGGCCUUGUGGCUGUCUCAGAUGGCUGCCCUAAGCUCCAGUCGGUUUUAUACUUCUGCCGCCAAAUGACAAAUGCCGCUUUGGUUACUAUUGCAAGAAACCGUACUAACAUGACUCGUUUCCGCUUGUGUAUUAUUGAACCUCGAACUCCUGAUUACUUGACUCUUGAACCGCUUGAUGUUGGUUUUGGGGCAAUUGUGGAAGAAUGCAAAGAGUUGCGGCGACUUUCUCUUUCUGGGCUCCUUACUGACCGUGUGUUUGAGUGCAUUGGAACCCAUGCUAAAAAGUUAGAGAUGCUUUCCAUUGCUUUUGCUGGGGAUAGUGAUCUGGGCCUCCACCAUGUUCUAUCUGGUUGCGAGAGCCUCAGAAAACUAGAGAUCAGAGACUGCCCAUUUGGCGAUGAGGCUCUUUUGGCUAAUGCUGCAAAGCUGGAGAAGAUGCGUUCCCUUUGGAUGUCUUCUUGUUCAGUAAGUUUUGGAGCCUGUAAGCUGCUAGGCCAGAAGCUGCCUAAGCUUAAUGUUGAAGUUAUAGAUGAGAGGGGUCCCUCAGAUACGCGGCCAGAUAGCUUCCCUGUUGAUAAACUUUACAUAUACCGAACAGUGGCUGGACCAAGGCUUGACAGGCCUGAUUAUGUUUGGACAAUGAAUGAUGAUGCUGCACUGAGGAGUACUGAGCCAUAAAGCAAUGGAAACUUCACAUUAGCUCCUUCAGGGGGAGAUUGCAGGAGCAUUAGCUUUUAUGGAUAUGGAACAAAACAUACAAUGUUAUGCUCAGNAGUUC